AUGGAUUCAGCACCCCUCAUCAAGGCGCACGACCACGCGCAGGCCGCCGCUGUCGCCACCCGCCAGUCGACUGACACCACCGUUGCCAUCAACGAGCACACCCUGGCCGCGGGCGAGUUUGCCAACGCCGCCCAACGGACGUCGAGUAUCGAGGCUCUCCGCACGCUCAAGCUCCUCGAGGCGCACCACCAGCGGCUCGCCGAGCUGCUCCGGCUGCCGCCCGAUGCGCACGCACGCGACACCGACGAAAAGGGUGUCUUUAGCGAAAAGGACGGCAACGAGGCCGCCGCUCACGCGGGCAGCAACCCGUCCUCGAUGGGCGGCGGAGCAGCAUCACCACGUUCGGCGACUGGCUCGUCGCCGCACAUGCCGGGGCUCGCGCAGCAGCGGCGCCACGCCGCGCGGGAAAUGUCGUCGUCGAUUGCGAGCAACCUGGCCUCGGCGCGUGGCAUCCGCGGCAAGUAUCGCGGGCAGCCACUCAGUCCCAGUGUCUCCAACGACCAAGCGCCCGGCAACGUCGACCCGCAUCCGCGCCGCGACGGCUCCCGGACCAAGAUGCAGACCCUGAUGGACCACCAGCCCGGCAAGCCGACCUGGGUGCCGCCCAUGCAGUCGUCCAAGUCCGACACACGCCACAGAUCCGUCUCGGCGCCCCAACAGCAAAGCUCAGAACCGAAUGCCGACGAAGUUGGGUAUGCGAGGUUCUACAACACCUUUGGCAGCCUCAUCAAUAAAAUUUCAGCGCCCUUGGCAUUUGCUGGCCUGCCACUCAUCCAAGAAGAGUCCAUCACAUCGGACAAGGAGGUGCCCGAGGCGACCCAACCAAGAAGGAAACCAAAGACGGUUCCGUCACCGAGUGCUGAGCCGGAUCUGUCCAAGAUAUACUCCAAGGCUACAAUGCGCAUAUUGGCGCGCGAGGGGCAUGCGCCUCAUGAGUCCUUCUACGUCGUACCCACAACCGGUCACACCAUGUCAUAUGCCAAUAUUCUUAGUUACGCUGAGAAGGAGAAGCGGCGUCUGGGCAGCUCUAUCCAUGGCAGUGCAGAGCCCGGGAUUGUAGAGGAGGAAGAUGAUGAUUUUGUGGAUGCACGCGAGCUUCCCGUCGCUCUAUCGCCUGGUGCGAAGCGGCGAGUUGGCAAAUCCUCCCAUACAGAACGGCAGCUCAACAACACCAUCGAGGAGCUGUAUACAGAAAACCAGUCCCUCAAGGACAUGCUAGACAAGCUGUCCAAGAGACUGCAUACGUUCGAAGCAAGCGCGCAAAGCUCCGCCAUGGCGCUGGCAGAAAGCUACCGCCUAAUGCGGCCUUGCUCGCCGAAUGCGUCGGCCAAACCCGACGACGGCGCCGCCGCCGCCAUGCUACGGAGGAGCGAGGAGAUGGAGGAGCAACUCAUAGCGUCCACGAAGCAGAUGGAACGUCUGGAAAAGGACAACCGUAAAAUGCAAAAGACGUUGGAAAAGUACAGAGAGAAGUGGGAGUUGCUCAAGGCUGGGGCGAAAGCGCGAAGAGACGGUCAGAAACCGGAUGCCACGGAAGAGGAUAGUCAGAGCUAA